AUGACUUCAAUCAAAGUUCAAUCUCAAUUGAGCGAGCGGUGGAAUAUCGGAGAGAAUGUCGAUAAUUUCGAAGCAAGAUACGCGAUGCCGUACUCGGGAAACCGCUCGCUUGGAUCUUCAAUUGCAUCUGGAGCCCACGAUGAGCUUGCCACCGAUUUCAAUAUUGCUAGCGAUAGCAUUAAAAUGGUUCUUCCAACCUCCCUUUACAUGGCUGGGUUUGCGAUAGGUCCUGUUAUUUUCGGUCCCUUGAGUGAACACUUUGGCCGGAAGCCUGUGCUAGUAGCAACAUACUCAAUCUAUCUCAUUUUCAUGAUGGCAUGCGCAUUGGCACCGACAUUCCCGGCGCUUCUUGUCUUUCGAUUCUUCUGUGGAUUGGGAGGAUCAGCACCAAAUGCUGUGCUGGGUGGCCUUUUCUCGGACAUCUACGAAAAUCCUCAUCACCGUGGGCUAGCAAUGUCAUGGUUCAUGUUUGCUACCACCUUCCCGCCUCUUUUGGGUCCAAUCAUUUCGGGUUUCAUCUCUACCAUCACAUGGAGAUGGACUUUCUGGGCAGGCCUGAUCAUCGCUGCCCCUGGUUUCCCUCUUCUGGUUACCAUGCCCGAGACGUAUGUGCCGGUCUUGCGCCGGAGGAGUGAAAGAGAUGAUGAGAAAGCAGGAUAUAUUGAGAAGUCUUCGGAUCAUGGUGCAAAGUCUUUCUCCAGCGAGAUGCGCGUCAUUCUUGGUCGACCUUUCCUCAUGUUCACACGAGAGCCGAUUGUCUUCUGUUGCUCGUUGUACCUCGCCCUUAUCUAUUCUAUCUUGUACCUGUACUUCCAGGCAUACCCCAUCAUUUUCCAAGAUCUAUAUGGCCUAUCAGCAGGUAUAGGCGGGCUAGCCUUCCUUCCAAUCCUCCCUGGAUCAAUCCUCGCAUUCGUCGUCUUCUUCCUAUACAGUGGAUACCACAGCAAAGCUCUAGCCGCCGGCCACAGCUGGGCAAAAUCAGAAGAGUACCGCCGCCUUCCCUUAGCCUGCGUCGGAGCCCCAGGAAUCCCAAUUGCUCUUUUCUGGCUCGGCUGGUCCGCAAAGCUCUCCAUCAAUCCCGUCAUGCCCAUGAUGUCAGGGAUCUUUUUCGGAUUCGGCUACCUUCUCAUCUUCAUCGCGUUACUUAAUUACCUCACGGACGCGUAUAAGCAAUUCUCCGCCUCGGCUUCUGCAGCCGCGAGUACCUUGCGGUCCUCCUUUGCCAUCUUCCUUCCCAUGGCUGCGAAUCCCAUGUAUACCAAGUUGGGCAUCGACUGGGCGAAUUCGCUGCUCGGAUUCUUUUCGAUAGCGAUUGCUGUUGUUCCGUUUGUUUUUAUUAAGUAUGGUGCUUGGAUUCGGGCGAAUAGCAAAUUCGCCCAGCAGGCCCAAUAG